CACAGGCGCUGUCUGGUGUUAAGAAGACCCCGUGGAGACAUUCCUAAACUCUUGUUGGCCAAGUUAUGUCGAGAAUGUGGGACGUCUGUCUCAACAUUUGUGUUUGAGCGGACUGAAGCUUCGACACUCGCUGCUGGCUGUGAAGCAGAGGAUGAGUCGAAUGGCGGACUUCACUUCCCCCGACUGACUCCACCCCGUUACACAGAGGGGGGAAACAAAGUUUCUCCCUCUUAAUUAAUUCUCUUUACAGAGCGAACGUUUGGCAGAGGAGUCUAAGAGAGAGAGUCAAGUUUAGUCGGGCAGAAACUUCGGUCCUGUAAUGACUCGCCGGUAAAAACGUCUCACAUCAUUUUUCAGCAUCAUGAAGCUGCUUUUCAGAGUCUCGCUGGGGUCACUGCUGGUAUUUAUUGUCCUACUCAAGAGCUCCCAAGCACAAUGUGUUCCUGACUGUGAGAGUCAAACACCAACAAACAUCACAGUCACCACAACUGAGAUUUCAACUUCACCAAACUGCAAUUUAUCUGUUGGCAAUCAGUUCAGUGGAGGUCCUGUGAUAAGUGAUCUGACUCCUGGGACUGUCUAUCAGAUAUUCUUCACAUGUUUCAACUGCUGCAAACAGGUCACAACGAAGCCUGAAGUCGUCAGUAAGCUCAUGGUUAUUAACACCACCACGUACUCGUUGUUUGUGCAGUGGACUAAACCAGAGGGAAUCAGCUCUUUUUAUACAGUGCAGUGGAUUGAUGGUGAACAUAACCGCACUCAGAAGGUGACAGAAACGUAUAUAAGUAUAACGCCACUGACUGCUGGAGUGAACUACACAGUUAGAGUGAUUGCUGUGGCUGAAGAUAACACAACCAAAGGUGCUGCGGCACAGACGUCAUCCUAUACACGACCUUAUAAUGUAAGCGAGCUGAGGGCAACAGGAAUCUCCACAGAUUCUGUGACUUUAGUUUGGGAGCAGCAAGAAAUCAAAUCUGACUAUUCGUAUGUGGUGGAGGUCACAAACGGCUCUUCCAGCUUUCAAUAUGAAGUUGUCACCAACACCACGUGCACGGUCACUGGACUGCUGAGUGGCACCAACUACAGCUUCACCGUCACCACACAAACACCAGAUGGCACCAAGGCAGCUCCUGUGACAGAAUCCUACUUUACACGGCCAUACAGUGUUACAGAGUUGAAGGCCUUCACCUUGAACACAACUGCUGUCUAUCUGAACUGGACAAAACCACUGCAGCACAAGGAUGACUAUAAAUACAGAAUCGAGACAUCGCAGUGUGACUCCCAAAACAAAACUGUGGCAGAUGAGUUCACAGUGAUUUCAGACCUUAAUCCUGGGACCAGCUGCACUUUCUGUGUUUUUGUCAAUGCACUUGAUGGCACUGAAGGACAAUCAGACUGCACCUCUCAAUAUACGAAACCUGGAGCAGUUUCUGACCUAGUAAUGUCAGGAACAACAACUACGAUGUCGGUGAGCUGGAGUCUGGCAGCAGGACAGGUGGACUCUUACGACGUCUUCCUGUACACAAACGACCAGCCGCUGAAAAACCAAACUGAUCUCAGCAAUACUACUAAGAACAAAGAGUUUCAGUACCUGAAGCCAGGACAGCUUUACUCUGUCUAUGUGGUCACCAAAAGUGGACCUCUGGCUGCAAAUUCCACCGUCUCCAAUGCAACUUUUCCAAACCCUCCUGGUCCAAUCACUGUGACAUCCCAAACCCCUCAGUCCAUCAACUUCACCUGGGCCUUUCCAGAGGACAUGGAUAACGAUCAGUACAACUUCACUGUUUUCAGUCUUCCAAAUCAGCAUUUAACCAAAAAUAACUGGUUCCUGCUGAAAGAUCUCCAGUCUGGGACACCAUAUCAGAUCUCUGUUUGGGUUGUUGCUGUACUUGAAUACCAAAGCACAAACGUGAUGACAACAAACUAUACCAGACCUUAUAAUGUAAGCGAGCUGAGGGCAACAGGAAUCUCCACAGAUUCUGUGACUUUAGUUUGGGAGCAGCAAGAAAUCAAAUCUGACUAUUCGUAUGUGGUGGAGGUCACAAACGGCUCUUCCAGCUUUCAAUAUGAAGUUGUCACCAACACCACGUGCACGGUCACUGGACUGCUGAGUGGCACCAACUACAGCUUCACCGUCACCACACAAACACCAGAUGGCACCAAGGCAGCUCCUGUGACAGAAUCCUACUUUACACGGCCAUACAGUGUUACAGAGUUGAAGGCCUUCACCUUGAACACAACUGCUGUCUAUCUGAACUGGACAAAACCACUGCAGCACAAGGAUGACUAUAAAUACAGAAUCGAGACAUCGCAGUGUGACUCCCAAAACAAAACUGUGGCAGAUGAGUUCACAGUGAUUUCAGACCUUAAUCCUGGGACCAGCUGCACUUUCUGUGUUUUUGUCAAUGCACUUGAUGGCACUGAAGGACAAUCAGACUGCACCUCUCAAUAUACGAAACCUGGAGCAGUUUCUGACCUAGUAAUGUCAGGAACAACAACUACGAUGUCGGUGAGCUGGAGUCUGGCAGCAGGACAGGUGGACUCUUACGACGUCUUCCUGUACACAAACGACCAGCCGCUGAAAAACCAAACUGAUCUCAGCAAUACUACUAAGAACAAAGAGUUUCAGUACCUGAAGCCAGGACAGCUUUACUCUGUCUAUGUGGUCACCAAAAGUGGACCUCUGGCUGCAAAUUCCACCGUCUCCAAUGCAACUUUUCCAAACCCUCCUGGUCCAAUCACUGUGACAUCCCAAACCCCUCAGUCCAUCAACUUCACCUGGGCCUUUCCAGAGGACAUGGAUAACGAUCAGUACAACUUCACUGUUUUCAGUCUUCCAAAUCAGCAUUUAACCAAAAAUAACUGGUUCCUGCUGAAAGAUCUCCAGUCUGGGACACCAUAUCAGAUCUCUGUUUGGGUCGUUGCUGUACUUGAAUACCAAAGCACAAACGUGAUGACAACAAACUAUACCAGACCUUAUAAUGUAAGCGAGCUGAGGGCAACAGGAAUCUCCACAGAUUAUGUGACUUUAGUUUGGGAGCAGCAAGAAAUCAAAUCUGACUAUUCGUAUGUGGUGGAGGUCACAAACGGCUCUUCCAGCUUUCAAUAUGAAGUUGUCACCAACACCACGUGCACAGUCACUGGACUGCUGAGUGGCACCAACUACAGCUUCACCGUCACCACACAAACACCAGAUGGCACCAAGGCAGCUCCUGUGACAGAAUCCUGCUUUACACGGCCAUACGGUGUUAUAGAGUUGAAGGCCUUCACCUUGAACACAACUGCUGUCUAUCUGAACUGGACAAACCCACUGCAGCACAAGGAUGACUAUAAAUACAGAAUCGAGACAUCGCAGUGUGACUCUCAAAACAAAACUGUGGAAGAUGAGUUCACAGUGAUUUCCGAUCUUAAUCCUGGGACCAACUGCACUUUCUGUGUCUUUGUCAGUGCACUUGAUGGCAGUGAAGGACAAGCAAACUGCACCUCUCAAUAUACUAAACCUGGAGCAGUUUCUGACCUAGUAAUGUCAGGAACUACAACUACGAUGUCGGUGAGCUGGAGUCUGGCAGCAGGACAGGUGGACUCUUACGACGUCUUCCUGUACACAAAUGACCAGCUGCUGAAAAACCAAACUGAUCUCAGCAAUACUACUAAGAACAAAGAGUUUCAGUACCUGAAGCCAGGACAGCUUUACUCUGUCUAUGUGGUCACCAAAAGUGGACCUCUGACUGCAAAUUCCACCAUCUCCAAUGCAACUUUUCCAAACCCUCCUCGUCCAAUCACUGUGACAUCCCAAACCCCUCAGUCCAUUAACUUCACCUGGGCCUUUCCAGAGGACAUGGAUAACGAUCAGUACAACUUCACUGUUUUCAGUCUUGAAAAUGAGCAUUUAACCAAAAAUAACUGGUUCCUGCUGAAAGAUCUCCAGUCUGGGACACCAUAUGAAAUCUCUGUUUGGGUCGUUGCUGCACUUGAAUACCAAAGCACAAACGUGAUGACAACAAACUAUACCAGACCUUAUAAUGUAAGCGAGCUGAAGGCAGCAGAAAUCUCCACAGAUAACGUGACUUUAGUUUGGGAGCAGCAAGAAAUCAAAUCUGACUACACGUAUGUGGUGGAGGUCACAAACGGCUCUUCCAGCUUUCAAUAUGAAGUUGUCACCAACACCACGUGCACGGUCACUGGACUGCUGAGUGGCACCAACUACAGCUUCACCGUCACCACACAAACACCAGAUGGCACCAAGGCAGCUCCUGUGACAGAAUCCUGCUUUACACGGCCAUACAGUGUUACAGAGUUGAAGGCCUUCACCUUGAACACAACUGCUGUCUAUCUGAACUGGACAAAACCACUGCAGCACAAGGAUGACUAUAAAUACAGAAUCAAGACAUCGCAGUGUGACUCCCAAAACAAAACUGUGGCAGAUGAGUUCACAGUGAUUUCAGGCCUUAAUCCUGGCACCAACUGCACUUUCUGUGUUUUUGUCAGUGCACUUGAUGGCACUGAAGGACAACCAAACUGCACCUCUCAGUAUACGAAACCAGAGGCCGUAAAGCCCAGAGUCACCAGUGACGGCUCAAACCACUCGGUUGUGGUGUCAUGGACACAUCCUAUGGGAAACGUAGAGCAUUAUGUAAUUCUUCUAAACGGCACCUCUGUGACCUUUCCGCCACAGAACCUAAACUCUAAUGCCACGUCCUUCUUAUUUAAAAAUCUGUCAGCUGGAAGCCUGUACAGUGUCGUGGUCUACACAGUUAGUGUACCCUUCUCUGUGCCAUCUGAAGUCAUCACUAAUGCAACUUUUCCGAACCCUCCUGGGCCAAUUGAGAUCCUAUUUAAGACAACCAGCUCCCUCAGCAUUAGGUGGGACGAAGCCCCUCUGAUGACAGAUACAUCGUUUCACUACCUAGUGACAAUUAUACCAUCGCAAGGACCCAUAAACACCACAAACACCACAAGCACCAGUCAUAAUUUUACCUCCCUGCUUUCUGGAACUUCCUACAAUUUGUCUGUGGUAACAGUGGGGCCUUUGGGCUUUAAAAGCCAUGAGGUUGAGACCUACAUGGUCACCACAAGACCAAACAGUGUGAAGCCCAUUAUCACUUCUACACAAGAAGACAGUAUCACACUCACGUGGGUCCAACCUAACGACUACAAGGAGGGCUAUCGUUACAGUCUGAUUUGGCUUAACUCAAGUGGGAGCAUCAUUGGCAAGGACACGCUUGUGGGCAAUGAGCGAAAAAUCAGCAAUCUGGUUCCAGGCAGCUCUUAUAACUUCAGUGUGACCACUGAAACCUCAGAUGGAACACAGGGUGCCUCAAAAUGGAUUUCCAACUGCACAAAUGCCAGUCCAGUGCCUGGUUUAAAAUGUCAAAUUCCAGCCGAAGGCAACGCGUCACUCAUCUUGUCCUGGAACAAAACCAGAGGCCUGAACUCUGGCUUCAACAUCACUGCAGUGAAUAAUGACACCAGCAUUACCCAACUGGCAAAUGCCUGUAAUCAGCUGUGCAGUCAUACAGUCUCCAACUUGAGCUACUACACGGAGUACACCCUGACUGUGGUGACGCUGAGCUGUGGACAGCCGAGUACUCCUGUGUCUCACAGCUGCAGAACAGGAAUUUCAAAGCCACCAAUUCCCCCAAAUUCUGGGUCAUUGAUGGAUGUGGCAGAGAAGGCUCAUGACAGGUUCACCAUUCAGAUUAAACCCAGCCUGCUGGAUGCACGCAAUGGGCCAAUCACCAAUAUUGGAGUGUUGGUGACAAAUAACAUCCAUGGUGUUAGCACAUCACAUUUUAAACAGUAUUUGGUGAAAACACACCAAGAAUGGACUGAUGGAAUGGCUGAUGCAUAUCUGGCAACCGUCACGGAAAACGGCUUCCAAUCCCGCAGCGGAGUGAGCCAGUUCACCAUAGUCAUAGGAGACUCAAAGAAAUGGAAGGGCUAUACCAAUGGUGCCCUGAAGUCCAAAGAAACAUAUUGGUAUGCCGUUGUGUUGUUCACCGAAUUGAAGUUGAAGAACGGCCUCGUGGAUGCUGACUUGUCGCUAGUCUCAAUAACAGAAUUUUUUUCUGUAGCACUCCCGCCUAACUAUGCUCUCAUUGGUGCUGCUGUUGGAGCAACACUGGGAAUUUUUUGCUUUCUUUUCGUCAUCCUCAUUGGCUUCAUCAUCUACCUGAAGAGGUUUUCCAAGAAAGAGUCUGCAGACAUCCAAAUUAAUUCCUUGAAAUCCAAAGUGAGUCUGGCUGUGAAGGUGGAGGAGUAUGAAGCCUACUACAAGCGACAGAAAGCCAAUUCCAACUGUGGCUUUGCCGAAGAGUUUGAGGAACUGAAGGUGGUUGGAACGGUUCAGUCAAAAACACACGCAAUGGCUAUGGAAAACAAGCCGAAGAACCGCUACAACAACGUGCUUCCCUAUGACUCCUCUAGGGUCAAACUGUCAAUAAUCCACGGGAGUCCAUAUGACGACUACAUCAAUGCUAACUACAUCCCGGGCUACAACUCCAGGAAAGAAUUUAUUGCAGCCCAGGGCCCUUUGCCAUCAACAGUCAAAGAUUUCUGGAGGAUGAUUUGGGAGAAGAACAUACAGACUUUGGUCAUGCUGACAGGUUGCAUUGAACAAGGAAGAGCCAAAUGUGACCAGUACUGGGAUUAUGGUACUAAACACUUUGAAAAUAUCACUGUGACAACAGUCUCUGAAAUACCACUUGAAGACUGGACCAUCAGGGACUUCAAUAUUAAAAAUUUGAAAACAGCAGAAACUCGCUCGGUUCGUCAGUUCCACUUCACAGCCUGGCCGGAUCACGGCGUACCAGAUACCACUGAGCUCAUCAUCAGCUUUAGACAUUUGGUCAGACAGCACAUGGACCAGUUUUCCACACAUGCUCCCACCGUGGUCCACUGCAGUGCCGGUGUUGGCCGCACAGGCACCUUUAUAUCCAUCGACCGCCUGUGUUUCCAGAUUGAACGAGAAAAUGUUGUGGAUGUGUUUGGCAUCGUCCAUGACCAGCGUAUGCACCGGCCCCUUAUGGUGCAGACAGAGGACCAGUAUGUGUUCCUGAACCAAUGUGCAUUGGACAUUAUCAGGUCAAGAACUGGAACCAAUGUGGAUUUAAUCUACCAAAACAUGGGUGCAUUUGCUAUUUAUGAGAAUGUAGAACCAAAGAAAGGGUUUCACAAAAAUGGGUAUCCCAACACAUAAAGCUGUUAAGCUCAUCAGAUCUUCAAAGUAUCUGAGCAGAUAUUUGUAAAAGGAACCUCUGAAUGGAAUAUAUUAUAAAUAUAUUAUGACACCACUCACACUAUUUUUUUAAAAGAUUUUCUAGUUUUAUGGAUGUAAAGCUCUAUUUUUUAUUUUUCUUAAUUUAAGUCUGUAUAGAGAUACAAUUCUGAACCCAGUUAGUGGCCCAAAACAUCUGGAAUGCACACACAAAAAAAGUGAAAUAUGUUAUUACAUAUUUUCUUUAUUUGUACAUUUUAUACAGUUAGUUUUAUUUCUUCUCGUGUAAUAUAUGAUUAAUAAUAGGCUCUUGUCAGAUUAUUAGAUAAUUUUGUUAACUUUAGUUGAGCCUUUGCAGUUGCCUAGUACAAUAAUUUUGCAGAUAAGGUCUGUAUGCCUUUUUAAAUGUGUAGGGAUUUAAUGUAAAUAUCUGACACUGUAUUUUAUCAUUUUUAUGGCUGUAGCCAAUUAAAUAUAAAUUCAGGCACUAUAUAAUGCUACCUUUUUCUAGGAGUCUUACUUUUUUAUUAAUAUUAUUUUACAGCUAAUCGAUUACUUUUUGAUUACUUUUCCUCUUAAGCCAAAUGGAAUUGUGCAAUCCGUUUAUAAAGGACAUUUUUAUUGUAUUCAUUUUAUUUAUAUGCACUGUGUGAGUAAUGCACUGGAUGCAUUUAUGUUUCUAUAAUUACUUUUUUUUAAUCUGUAGAAAUCUUUGGCAUCAGGAUCGACUCAGUUUUGGUCAGUGCUUCUUGACAUUGUUUUUGCUAUUCAUUCCAUGUUUGAUAGAAAUCAUUUUACUUUGACUUGGAGGAUCAGAAACAUGAGUCACAUUCAACAAAAUCUCAGGAAAUAUUUUGACAAGACCUGAAGCUUUAACUGGUGUGCUUGGUGUGGAGAAAAAUCUAAUUUGUACCAGUGGGUUUUACUUUGAAAGACUGAAUGAGGGCUUCUUAAAUGUGGUGUUUGUGUCAUUUUUGUUGAAAAAGUUGCCUGUUGACAUUUCACCAGAAGUGCAAUUUUUUUCAGCUUCUAGAGGGCUGAAAUGUCCAUGAGGCAGGUACGCUAGAAGAUUAUGGAAAAGGUUGUACUGUGGAUAUUUUAAAUCCAUGUUUGUUUUUGUAUGUAUCACACUGUCCUAAAAACAUUUUUACUUUUUUUUUUUAAGUGAGAUUUUCCUUUCUAAUUUAUUAAAAAUACUCAUUAAGUUACAAACCUUGAAACCAUGUACAAAGCAAACAACUCUGAUUCUUUGUAGGGCCAGUCCUUUUCAGAAUUAUUGGCACCCCUACAUUUUAAGCACAGAAUUUACAGUAUGUUUGAAAAUAAAUGUGAAUGAACCAAUGAACCAGAGUAUUUCAUGAAAUAUGCAAUGUUUUUUAACAAUAAUUGUAAAAAACAAAAAAAGGUUUUGUUUAUUGAAAUAAAAAAUGAAAUGUAAAAUAUAUGACAAUUAUUGGCACACAUUGAUGAAUUUUCAGUAACUCAUCUCAUUACAGUAAUUCAUUACAGCGAGUUUUGUUUUGACAGGUCAGGGGAUGGAUCCAUGAACAAUUCUGACUACGUCUUAGAUUAAAUUUACAUCAAUCGUUAAGAAAGACAGCCAGUGUGAUCCUGUUUGAUAAACCUGUCUACAGUAGGCAGUUAUCAAAAACUGAGUGAUCAAAAGAGGAGACUGAAGGAAGCCACCAAUUCAUCCAUGACAACUCUGAAGAAGUUAUAGGCUUCUAUGGAUGUGAUUGUGUGACUCAGUGCAGUCCAACCUUUUUCUGUUCCAUCAACAGUUACACAUCUUCAUGGUGGAGUAAAAGACAGAAUGAUUAGAAGUACAUAAAACUGAAAACCAGCUGUGCUCCAGCUGUCCAACAGUGCUCAGCUUCUCCAUUCACCUCCACAGAAGCCUGUAACUCUUCCAGUGUCAUCAUGGGUGUCUUGGUGGCUUCCUUACCAGUCUUCUGCAUGAUCAGGUAAAUGAACUCCAAAGACAUAUUGAGAUACUUGGGUAAAGAAAAGUGGUUGUGAAAGGAAUGAUUUACUGUCAGUUCAUCAAAAUGUGCCUGUAACUAUCAACCAACAUUUUUUAAAAUUUCACUACCUGAAAGGAUUUUUUGUUGUGUUGUUAAGUAACUUUGAACACUUUCAUAAAUAUUCUGAUUAUACAAAUUCAGCUUAUUUGUAUUUAUUUCUGAGCACAUUUAAAAAUUGGUGCUUAAAAUUCAGUGGUACCAAUAAUUUCAUCCAGGACUGUUUAGUGGCUGGUAAGUGACAAAACAAAGAGAACUGCUGAGAAUCACUCAAUAAUAAAUGAAAAUCACUUGUGAAAUAAAACCUGAUAUUCUUGUGAAUUAUGAGACACCUUCUAAAGAAAGUAUAUUUUUAAAAAUGAAAAGGACCAAAUGCUUUCCUUAUUUGUAUUUAUUUUGAAAGAUAUUUAGCUGCUUUUUUAGGCACAGUUACAUUUUUGCACAGUACUAUAUUUUCUUUGUUGAAUUAUUCAAAGCACUUCUACUGUAUGUUUUUAAUGAUGAAUUACAACUGCAAAAAUGGAACCAUUUAUGGAUAUGUGUGAACUGCUUUGCAAGAUGCAGGUACAAUGCAAACAUCUUCUUUAAAUGUACUUGUAUAGUUUUUGUCUGUCUAUCAAACAAAAUGUGAAUCUGGUUGUGUCUUGUUUAAAAUGGUCACAUUUAUUGCAUUGUAACUUGUGUACUUUUUGACAUGCUAUAUUUUCACAAUUAUUAAAAGUUC